AUGAGUAUUUUAAGCUGGAAUUGUCGGGGGCUUGGCAACCUUACGGCAAUUCGAGUUCUAGCGGAUCUUGUCCGCUCAAAGAGGCCGCAAGUGGUUUUUUUAAUUGAGACGUUUGCAGAUAGUGUGAGGAUGGAGACCGUGCGUGUACAGUUGGGGUUUGCGAAUUUGUUCUGUGUUGAUGCUGAUGGUCACAGUGGGGGGUUGGCGAUGUUAUGGACAAGUAUGGUGCAACUACAGGUGACAGGCUAUUCUAGUAAUCAUAUUGAUACAACGAUAUCCUUGGAUGUAGACGCGCCCAUGUGGCAUUUUACUGGUUACUAUGGGUUCUCGGAUACGGGAAGGCGGAGAGAAGCCUGGCAGAUGCUGCGCCGGCUAGCGGGGGAAAGUCUUUUGCCAUGGGUGAUAAUGGGUGACUACAAUGACCUAUUGCACCAGUCUGAUAAAAGGGGGCGAGCUCCGCAUCCACCUUGGCAGAUAAACGGAUUUCGGGACGCGGUGGCUGACUGUGGGUUACUGGAGAUGCCCUUUGAUGGUGUCCAGUUCACUUGGACUCGCUCUCGGGGAUUGCUGAACAUGGUGGAGGAGAAGCUAGACAGAAUCUUUGUCACACCAACAUGGCAGGAGAUGUUUGAUGGAGCUACAGCCACCUCACUGGUAUGCCCUUAUUCUGAUCACCUACCCCUGUUACUGACUCCGGUUGUUGCUGUACAGACCACCAGAAGACGACGUUUCUUGUUUGACAAUAUGUGGCUUAGGGAGCACCGGUGUCGUGAGAUUGUGGCCAAAUCGUGGGAAGGAUCGAGGGGCCGGGAUGUCAUGACUAAAUUGCAGUGGUGUGGACGUGAUAUAUGGCGUUGGGGUAAGAAUUAUAACAAAGACUUCCUGAGACGUAUCGAAAACUGUAAGGCUACUAUGGAUGCUCUGCGGGAACGGUAUGAUAAUGAAGGGUUAAUGAGGUAUGCCAGAGCUGAGAAUGAAUUGUUGAGGCUGCUGGAGCAGCAACAUCUUUUCUGGAAACAACGUGCUAAGGAGCACUGGAGACGAAGGAACAAGGUUAAGAGGCUAAAGGAUGGUACGGGGAACUGGGUUGAGGGUGAGGAAGCCGUGGGUGGUGUGAUGCUAGAGUACUUUCAGACUUUGUUUAAAGCAGAUGAUGGGAACAUGCAAGAGGUUAUUAGAAAUAUCGCCUCACGGGUUUCUACUCAUGAUAACGCAAGAAUGUUAAAACCAGUGACUGCAGAGGAGGUCCGUAUUGCGGUGUUCCAAAUGCACCCGGAUAAGUCGCCAGGUCCAGAUGGGUUAGGGCCGGGGUUUUUUCAGCAGUACUGGGAUAUUGUAGGACCGGAGGUUACUUUGUUCUGCCGGGAGUUUGUUGAGACGGCACACUUACCGGAAAGGGCGAGAAACACAUAUAUUGUGCUCAUUCCCAAAAAGACAGUCCCGGAGUCGAUGGGGGAUUUGAGGCCCAUUGCGCUUUGUAAUGUGGUGUAUAAAAUCGCGGCAAAAGUGUGCGCGAACCGUAUGAAAGUCUUACUGGAUGGGCUGAUUUCGGGGUCGCAGAGCGCGUUUGUGCCGGGGCGCCUGAUAACGGAUAAUGUUAUGUUAGCAUACGAGGUCCAUCAUUACUUGAAACGAAAAACACAGGGGAAGGAGGGGGUGGCCGCGUUGAAGAUUGAUAUGAGUAAGGCGUAUGAUCGGGUGCAGUGGCGCUUUCUGGAGGCAGUUUUGGUUAAAAUGGGGUUUGCCAGGCAUUGGGUAAACGUGCUGUUGGAGUCUGUAAGCGCGGUUCGGUACCACAUAUUAUAUGAGCAACGGGAGUUGGGCCCGAUUGUUCCAAAGUGUGGGUUGAGACAAGGCGAUCCACUAUCGCCGUAUUUGUUUCUGUUCGUUGUGGAGGGCCUUAGUGUGCUGAUUGAAGAGGAAAUGAGUAUGGGCAGAUUGCAUGGGGCACGGGUUGCAAGAGGGGCUCCCGCGAUUUCACAUUUGUUGUUCGCGGAUGACUGCUUUCUGUUCUUGCGUGCUAAUAUUCAGGAGAGUGAACGGAUGCGCUACAUUCUUGACACUUACGCAACAGCUGCCAAUGUCUCACAGCCGGUUAGGGACGGGGUCGUACAGAUCCUAGGGGUCGCGGAGGGCAAUACGACUGGCAAGUAUUUGGGUCUACCAUCACUGGUAGGACGGAAGAAGAGGGAGAUACUUGGGUAUUUGAAGGAACGGAUUUUAACGAGGGUGCGCAGCUGGAACUCUAAAUUUCUCUCACGGGCAGGCAGGGAAGUGUUGUUGAAGAAUGUCAUCCAAGCAAUGCCAUCAUAUGCUAUGAUGGUAUUUUUGUUACCACUUAGCUUGUGUAAGGAGAUAGAGACUUUAAUGAAUGAGUAUUGGUGGACUGGCUCUGUGGGUUUCGGGAAGGGUAUAAGGUGGCGUGCAUGGGAAGGAUUGGCACAACCCAAGGCAGCUGGGGGGCUGGGGUUCAGGAAACUUCACGAGAUGAACCUGGCCCUGCUCGGUAAGCAAGCGUGGCGUCUCGUAACCAGGCCGCAGACGCUGGUAGCACGUGUGUAUAAGGCGCGUUAUUUCCCAAGAUGUGCUUUCUUUGAUUCAAAAGAGGGGUCAAACCCGUCUUACAUUUGGAGGGGGUUGCUUGCGGUCAAAGAUGUGGUGCGGGAGGGGUGCCGUCGAAGUAUUGGUAAUGGGCUUGACACAACCAUAGGGAACCAUGCGUGGCUGCCAUGUGAGGACAAUCCGUUCAUCACAACAGCGCUGACUGAGGAGGUAGCUUUGGCCUCGGUUGCAUCGCUCCUAAAUAAUCAAGGUACGGGGUGGGAUGUUAAUAAGGUUACUAAUUUAUUUAAUGCCCGGGAUGUGUCUAUGAUCAUGAAUAUACCUGUAAGUUUGCGUAAACCUUCAGAUUCUUGGUAUUGGUACUGGGAUCAGAAAGGAGCCUAUACCGUUAAGUCAUGUUAUAAACGUCUGAAUGGUGCGGUUGCUGACCAGCGGCCCUGGACACGUAUUUGGAAUUUAGGUGUGCCACCUAAAGUACGACACUUUGGUUGGCAGCUAGCAAAUUCUUUUUUGCCGACCUGUGAUGCACUUAAUUCUAAGCGGGUGUAUUGCUCAUUAAUGUGUCACGUGUGUAGGAUGGAAGACGAGAGUGCAAGACAUAUGUUUGCUAUAUGUACAGAGGUGCAAGGUUGUUGGACUAAGCUUGGGAUUCCGGUGAUGAGCAUUGAACAUGGUAAUACUGCCUCACAAUGGUUUUUAAAUAAUGUUAAGAUGCUAACUGGUGACUUGCUAGCAAAAUAUGUGAUGACAUGUUGGGGUAUUUGGACAAGUAGGAAUGAGAAUGUUUGGAAUGGGAUUGUUUUUAAUGCUAAUGUUAUGCUACGUAGGACCAUGAAUUUUUUGGAAAAUUGGGGACAAGCGCAGGAGGGGUCUGAACCGCCGGAUGAAAUUGUGGUUGUUAAUAAUACAAGGUGGUUGCCUCCGCCAGUUGGGAAGUUAAAGCUGAAUUCGGAUGCUACUGUUAAUUUGCCGGCCGGUGCAAUGGGUUAUGGUUGGGUGCUACGGGGGGAUGAUGGAUCAUUUUUUGCGGCGAAGAACGUGCGGGUGUCUGGAACGUAUAGCAUCAAGGAAGCUGAGGCAAUGAGUUUACGAGAGGCUUUAAGUUGGUUAAAGAACACGGGCAUGGGUGGUGUUGUAGUGGAGAUAAAUUCACAGCUUGUAUAUAAUGCUAUUCUUUCUAGUUCUUUUAAUUCUGCUUAUGGCUUUCUAGUGGACGAUAUUAAAGAAUUAGCAUCGGCAAUUGGCGAUGUAGAAUUCCAAUGUGUUAGGCGAUUUGCGAACUGUGCCGCCCAUGUUGUUGCUAGGGAGGCCUUUUCUGUGGCAGGUUGCGGGGAAUGGUUUGAUAUUCCUCCGGUUUUUCUUGUUAGCUAUCUCGCUAAUGAUUUAAUACAAUAA